AGACCUCAGUUAGCCAGAGUUUUCGCCGUGUGCGCGGCACGAAGAGGAUAAGCGCUCAGUGGUGUGUCGUGCAACGGGUGCAACAGGUGUGAGAAUAGUGGUGUCAGCGAGUGUGGUGUUAUGCUGGGAUUAUUCUCUUGUGCGCUUUGUUUGACGUCACUUUGGAUUAGGGACGCACAAGGGGAUUCUGUGCAAGUGGUGCGAGGUGAGGUGGGCAGCGAGGCGUGGCUGCCGUGCGACAUCGACUCCAACCGAGACGACAGCCCAGCUAAGGUGCUCUGGUUCAGACCUCAAGAGACUCCCUUUUUCUACAAGGUGGAGGACACCAGCGGUCGUGGCCUGUGGAAUGCCGAGCAUGCAAUCGGCGUGGUAUGGGCGGGCCGUGCCUCUUUCUCAGUGGCCAGGAGUCCUGCCGCGCUACGACUCAGUCAGCUGCGGGAUUCGGACGCUGGUGCCUACCUCUGUACGGUAGCCUUCCACAGUGGUGCCCAGCGCAACGCCACCGUGCAUCUCGUCGUAGGAGUGUCCCCAAGCGUGCCUGUAAUUGAGACAAGCACGGGUAAAGCCCUUGAGAACAAGAUUGGGCCCUUCUUGCUCGGAGACAGCCUCAAGCUCAUCUGCUUCGUGGAGAAAGGGUCACCGACGCCUUCAAUCCGCUGGAGGAGGAACGGUGUUCCGGUCCCGGACGACUCCUGCUCUGAGGAGCACCACCCGCGGAGAGGUACACGGAGUGCUCUGCUGCUGGAGAGUCUUUCGCGCGAAGAUCUGCUCACAGAGCUAACGUGUGAGGCCAGCAACGUCAUCAGUGGACCUCUAACCACAUCAGUCCUCAUUGACUUAACGCUGCCCCCGCUGUCUGUCAGGAUCCUGGACCGUGGACGAGCGUUCGAGUCGGACGUUUCGGAAGAGUUCCGCUGCCACGUUCUUGGAUCCCGUCCGCCAGCUCAAGUGUCCUGGUGGUUAGAGGAUCGGCGAUUGGAACCUUUCCUAACGGAAGAACAGAGCAACGCUACGCUCUCCACACUGCUGCUCGUACUGAGCGCUCAACUGGACGGCUCUAGGCUUACCUGCCGUGCCCUCAACCCACGGCUCCCUGAGGGGCUCUGGGAGGAUUCCAUCACACUCAGCGUAUACCAUGCGCCGCGUGCAGCCCUACGGUUUGGCCAAGGCCUGGAUCCAGACCGCAUCGUAGAAGGCCAAGAUGUGUACCUGGAGUGCGCCAUACGCGCUAACCCUCGCGUCACGGAGGUGUCAUGGACAUUGGACGGAACUCCGAUGGACGCGGCUGCCCCAAAUGCGACGGUGCAGGUGCUCGUGCAGGAACAGUACCUGGUGGUGCGCAAUGUGAGCCGUAGCCAUAGUGGAAGCUACAGGUGUCGUGUACGGAGUCCACGUGGGGCAGCCGUCAGCAACAGCCUCCGCCUCAGGGUGCAGUAUGCCCCUCGCUGUCGCAACCAGAGCCAGGCUGUGCUCUACUAUUCAACGGCACGAGAGGAGAUGCGCAUCAUCUGCGACAUGGAGGCUGAUCCACCCAGUCUCUCCUUUCGAUGGAUCGUAAGGAAUAACAGCGAGACACAUGACUUGCUCAGCUUCAACGUGAAUGGCACCCGCAGUGAAGCACACUACCAGCCAUCUUCCGCCAGCGAGUUCUCCUCACUUCUUUGUUGGGCCAACAAUUCUGUUGGAGUUCACAGGAGGCCUUGUAGUUACGCCAUUGAACCACACGGUGGGCCCAAGUCGCUAAGUGGCUGCCUUGUCGUGAACCAAGCAACGACGUGGUUUCUCGUCGAGUGCACGUUGGAGGUGGACCGGCCGGACGAGUGGUACUCGCUGGAAGUGUUCCACGCUGACUCUGGCCAUCUGUUGGCCAACGUGACCUCCCUUCGUCGUCCCACUUUUCGUGUGGGUCCCAUACCUCCAGCCACAGAGUGCCUGGCUCUGGCGUUCGCCGUCAACGACCGAGGUCGCUCGCAGCCGCAGAAGGUGGUCGUGCGAGCCAUACCUCCGCCUUCCAAGUUGCUCACCUCCUCUGCAGGUCCAUCUGGAGGGCUGGCGUUAACAGCUUGUCUCGUGGCCGCGCUAAUAGCGCCGCGUAGGAUUCAAGGUAGCCACAACCUUGGCAUCGGGUGAUGAUGUGUGUGGACUAAUAUCUCUCCAUUAGUCUCUUCUGUGAUGCAUUUUUUUACUCACGGGACGUGCGACUCCUUCCAGCUGUGCCUUAUUCUUCAAAGCCGGUUCCAAGAGGUCGCCGCUCAACAGUGAAUUUGCGAGAGACGCUGAUGCUCUGUACUUGUGUGCCAACAGAAGUGACGUGCACAAGGAACCAUUUGUGACUUUCUCUCUUUUUCUUGACGCGCUCAAGUAGUCAUAAUAAAAGGAGAUACGGAU